AUGCCUCCUCGGGAUUUAAACGGCAUCGACAGCAUCAGCGAGAUCGAUGAUAUCAAAGUUCAGGCCCCCGAAAAGACGAUUGGGCGAACUAGCACACCACCUCCAGCCCCAGAGAAUUCUCAGCUCCCAAAUGACCUUAGUCCAGCUACCCUCUCUACUCGCAAACAUCCCAAAUCAGAAGAGGUUGUAAAACAAGUCAUCGACUUCUUCCUCCAAAGCUGGAAGUUUAAGAACGAAGAGAAUAAAAAGAGCUUCGUUAAUCAGAGCCAGCCUUGGUUUAUAGCCCUAAGCUGCCCCUUAUCGCUAGAUGAAAGGCUGCACUGGGGCUGCCAGCUCAUGACGUUUGACUUUUUGGUCGACGAUGUUUUGGAUUCCAUGUCUGUCGAAGAAGGGCUUGAAUAUACAUCGAGGAUCAUGGAAUGCGCGAGUGGCAAGCGGCUUCCUGAUCGCAAUGUACCGGCUGAGUGGAUCGCGUAUGAUCUGUUUGAGGAAAUGAGGGCGGCAGAUAAACAACUAGCAGAUGAGCUGUUGGAUGAUACCUUAGAAAUCCUGACUAUUCAGGCGGAUCCAAAACGGUUGGCGCGUAUGAACCUGCAUGAGUACUUUGCAUUCCGAGAGGUCGAUAUGGGCAAGAACUUUAUUUCCGGAAUUAUGCGCUUCUGCAUGGGUCUCCAUAUGACCGUGGAGGAGCUCGAACUUGUCAAAAGUCUUGAAUCAAAUGCAUCAAAGCACACCAGUCUUGUGAAUGAUAUUUGUAGUUUUGAGAAAGAGAUUGUUUCAGCCGAAGCAGGUUUCGACCUUGGAACAAUGUGCUCUUCAUUGCCUAUAUUCAUGGACUUGCUUGGUGUGGGUGCGCCAGAGGCGAAACGUAUUAUCUGGCAGGCAAUUCGCGCCUGGGAAGUCCGACAUUCUGAAUUGGUCGACGAGGUUCUCCGUCAGGAUCCGAGUCCAACCAUGAAGGCGUUCUGUAAAGGACUGGACGGCGCUUUCGCAUUCACAAGAACCAAAGUAAUGAGUAUGGAUCUAACUUCAAUUUCCGAGGAUGGCCCGAUUAUCUACAAUUUCUCUCAUGCCGAUUUUGAGAUCGACCCUCCACAAAAGUCUACGCUCGAAAAUGGCCGUAUCACACUCUCAGAGGCUCUAGAUCGAGAAGAUGAUAUGAGGCUCGAAUUACGAUAUGUUGAACAAACGAGGCAAUUUUUCCAAAUUAUAUACGAUCAUUGCCAGGAAAUUCAAGAAAUUGUUGCCUCUCACUGUGGUUUGAGCCCUGAACGUGUCCAUGUCCCAGAAAUAUCUACUCCUGAGGGGGUGUAUCUGCCGUAUAAAGUAGGGGAAGCGUUCUCCCCCAAUAAUGUAGAUGAGAAAGCUCGGUCUGAGGCCGCGACUCACAUCUGGAUCAACGACAAUUGCCCUGACAUUCCGAUUCCAACUCUACGGGGAUUUGGCCUCCCGUGUGGUCUUAGUUUCUUUAAGCCCAGAUACGUUCCACUCUGGCCAAGGAUCAAAACUUAUAUCAGCCGUUUUUUCUUAUCUUUUUUCAAGAAAAAACUAUUUGCUGAGUAUAUUCCACUGCAAAGAUCCACCUUUUUGCGUCGCGGCUACACUCUCAUUGACUGGGUGGCCAGUGACGAAAUCAACCUGUUCCCUAUUGCCCUUUGUAUAUCACAUACGGAAUCACAGUUCCGAGCUCUUUACCGAUCCAUGUCAAGAAUCAUUCUUUCUCUUGCUAAGAUUCCACAGUCUCGGAUUGGCUCUUGGACUAUAGAUGAUGGCGGGUGCAUUCGACUAUCUAACCGCCCAACACUUCGUCAUUUAUUUCAGCUGGAGAACUUGUCUAUCUCAUGUGGCAUCCCACGCAACACAACUUAUAAAACUACUGAUGGUCUUCAUCUUGACAUCCUUGCCAGCCACGAUCAGCGUCUGCGCAGUCAAGAUAACGCUGCUACCAAUGAAGCCGAUGCCCGGGCCCAAGCUAAGGACCUCGUGCUUAUGAGAGCGCUACUGGAUAAAUUCACAGAUUCUAAUCUACGUAAUGGCCCAUUUGUCAUGCAAAUGACAGACCUCUGCCUUACCAACAUUUUUCUUGAUAGGGACUGGAAUGUUAAGUAUAUCAUUGACCUUGAAGGUGUAUGCUCUCUACCAAUCGAACAUUUGCAACCUCCACAGUGGCUGCUUACGAUGAAGGCGGUUGUGGAUGCAGUUCAAGACAAAUAUCUUGAGGAAUUUAAAGAACGUUUUGAAUCGUUUGCAAAAAUUUUUGAGGAGGAGGAAAAGAACACCACCUCCACUCAAACAUUCUGUUCUCAGGCCGACAUCAUAAAACGUAGCCUGAAAACCGGAGGAUUUUGGUACUGGCAUGCAUUACAAAACCCGUGGGCCAUGUUCAAUAUUUUUAGAAAACACAUUUUGCCACUUUAUGAUGCUGUUCCCAAUGACAUGCUUCGAGAAGCUGUAUCACCUUUUUGGGAGCCUAGAAUGCGAUCAUUUGUUUAUCAAAAGACAGAGCAGUAUGCACGUUAUUGUGAAGAGGUGCAAAAAAUAUUCAAAGAUGGCAGGGAGAUAUACUAA